AUGAUCUUUCCCAGUCCUUCACGAUUCACCGUGUUGGAGGCUUUCGCCAGAUCCAUGAACUCAUGUCUAGGCGAUAAAAAUACGGUACUAAGGAAUUUAUUGAGGUUAUUUUUAAAGUAAUGGACCUAGUUAUUUUAGAUAAGCAUUUUGUCACCACAUCAGUCAAUACUGAGAUAAGAAUUUAUUUCAGUGAGGGCGAAUGAUUCUCGUUCUUUUAUUAUCGGCGGGACUUUAGCCUGUGGACUUGAAAAUCACUUUCUUCCUUUCUUCAAAUAGUUUUCUUCUGUUAUUAUUUUGUCCCUAUUAUUGCCUUGAUUUUGGACCGAUGGCAUUGGGCAGCAGGGUUUAGGUUCUUAGCGCCUUCAACGAAUUGUGGUUGAUCCCUAGGGGACAAUUCCUGGUCAUCGGGAGUUUAGGGCGUACCUAAUAAUAUCAUAGUAGCUAAGAAAGCGGGUAGACACAGCUUGCCAUAAUUUCUGGCCUAAGUCUAAAUAAAAGAAGGGGAAGAAGAGGAUGAUGGAGAAGAAGAAGAAGAAGAAGAAGAAGAAGAAGAAGAAGAAGACGAAGAAGAAGAAGAAGAAGAAGAAGAAGAAGAAGAAGAAGAAGAAGAAGAAGAAGAAGAAGAAGAAGAAGAAGAAGAAGAAGAAGAAGAAGAAGAAGAAGAAGAAAGGAAAGAAGGAAGGCGGGAGAAUGGCGAAGGAAUAA